GUUGUGCUCUAAUCUCCCUCUCAAUGGGUAAAUCGUUAACGUUCCGCGGUGCGGUCUAUGAAGCGACUGAAAUAUUGAAAAAGCAUCGUUGCAACGAUCCCAUAUGUGAUACACAUUUGUGGAAAGUUAAGCAUGAACUAGAUAUGACACGUUUACGUGUACGACAAUUGGAAAAGGCGUUGGAUAAACACGGCAUCAAAACACCACAACUAAGACUUGCUUCCUCAUCCGAUUUACUAAAUCAUCAUCAUUUGAAAGAACGUCCUCCUCUGUUGGGUAAUCUUAGUUUAGCGGCCAGUGCACAAGAUCUAUACAGGUGGUCCUAUAAAACGGAAAUCGCUGAAAUGGAAACCGUACUUUAAGAAGACAAGGAAGCGAAUGUUGCGAUAAUGGAGACAAACGUAACGUAACUCUCACAAAGUUUGAUGUGCCAUAAUAUAUAAGUUAACAAUAAAAGUCAAAACAGCAACAACAACUAGCAAAAAUCAUACAUACAUACAUACAUACAUUUUAUUAUAAAUAUUGUGAAAAACGAUGUUAUUUAUGGAGGUUUAAAAAAUCAAAAAUAUUUUAAUUAUU